AUGCUGUUGAAGCAGACAGAGGCCAAAAGAAGGCCAACUGAACGAACAGCCAGCCUCAACAAUGCCGUUGAGAAUAACAAUGGCAGUAACAGCCCGGUUGACACUGUUUCGGACAAAAAGCCUUCUUUCACACUACCGAAAUGGCGAAAGAAUUUGAUCCUCUUUUCGGUCAGUUGGAUGACCUUGGUGAUCACAUACUCGAGCACCGCAUUGCUUGCAGCUCUUCCGGAAAUCGGCAGUGACUUUUCCACCACCCAGGAAUCCAUCGCCAUCACCAAUUCGGGCGUUUUUAUUGCCAUGGGGUUUUCAUCCUUUAUAUGGAUUCCCGUGGGUUUGAUGAUCGGCCGCCAGCGAGCUUACAAUCUUGCCAUCUUCAUUCUUUGUGCAUGUUCUUGCGGAGCCGCAGUGGCUACAAAUAUGGCUAUUUUCACGGCCAUGCGCGUCUUGGUUGGAUUUACCGGGACAUAUUUUAUGGUGGCUGGGCAGACAAUCCUGGCCGACAUUUUUGAGCCGGUUGUUCGAGGUAGAGCAGUCGGGUUUUUUAUGGUAGGCUCCGUCAGUGGGCCAGCAUUUGCACCCUGUAUUGGCGGUAUUAUCGUCACGUUUACCCAUUGGCGCUACAUAUUCUGGGUACAGGUUGGAAUGGGCGUCAUUGGGCUGUCAACCUCGUUGCUCUUUAUACCAAACAUAGACAAGAUGAAUACAAGCGCCAUGACCAACACGGUUGAAGCAGAGAAGCCCAAACAAUCACUCGUGUCUCGGUUCAACCCCUUUCGGGUCUUUAUCCUGUUAGCUUACCCCAACGUCUUUCUCGCGGAUCUAACCUGUGGCUUUCUGGCAUGGUUUCAAUACGGUCUGCUCACCUCGGCUCGUAGCAUCUUCAACCCCCGCUUCCACUUGACAACAGCUUUUGUUAGCGGCCUGUUUUAUAUCGCCCCCGGAACCGGCUUCUUGAUAGGCAGUGUCAUUGGAGGCAGACUCUCUGACCGCACUGUGAAGAAGUACAUCAAACGCAGAAAUGGACUGCGUCUUCCCCAAGAUCGACUCAACAGCGGGCUAUCCAUGAUACUUGGGUUGUUGCCAGUAUCAACUCUGAUAUACGCCUGGACUCUGCAGAAAGAAGUCGGCGGUAUGGUGGUUCCUAUAAUCAGCGCGUUUUUUGCGGGGUUUGCCUUGAUGGGGGUAUUCAAUACCCUGAAUACCUAUACAGCAGAGGUCCUCCCAGCAGAGAAAGCCGAAGUUAUCAGCAGCAAAUAUCUGGUGCAGUACAUGUUUGGAGCCGGCACUACCGGUGCCAUUGUGCCUUUGAUCAACGCCGUUGGUGUAGGAUGGACAUUCACUAUAUCUGUUAUAAUGUGCAUGAUUGGCGGUAGUUUGACAUUCCUCAUUAGCCGAAAGGGCAUUGAGAUGCAGAACUGGGGUAUGAAAAAAAUAGAGAAAUAG